AUGACCGAGAACGAGCCGCCUGCGCUCGCUGUGCCGGACGAUGGCCGAACAACGAGAAGGGGCCGCCUGAUGGGGAAGCUCUUUGGCCGCGACCGCGACCGUAAGGCAGCCCACGAUGACGGCGACCUGGACGACUUCUUGCACGGGGCCCCCGACAAGCUGCAAGUCGUCCACGCGAGCCCGCCCGUGCUCACCAAGAUAGACACCAAGACGGCCACCCGAUACCCCAACGCGCUCAACUUCAAUGGGCCCAGCGAGCCUCCGACACGCGAGUACGCGGUGCGACCCCGCGACCCGACAACGAAACCCAAGAAGGGCCUGGUCGUGAGAUUUGCGGACACAUACCCGGAGAUCAUUGGGGAGGGAGGCGACGAGUGCGAGGUUCCCACACUGGAGGUGUCGAGGAGCAAGAAGCAGAGAUCCCAACACGCCGCCGGUGGCUCGGCACGCCCUCGACCCGCAGACGUUGGUGACACCAUCCAGGAUCCGUUCGGAGACGAGCAUGCGGCGGAGCCACCCUUCAAUCUGGGGCCGCCUCGGCGCACGCAAAAUGCCCUCACCGCCGGCUUGGAACCCCCGGCGUCCGUCCUGCCCUCGGCCAACAAUACGGGCCGAUUUCUAGGCGUGCCGAAUGCCCCCCAGGAUGAAAGACGACGGUCCUUCAUUGAGAUACAGCAGGCCCAGAUGCGUGAGGCCGAAGGGCGGGCUUUUGCUAGUGCAGUGCGGGCAGCCUCCGGGGACCAGUCCAAGCGUGAGCGUGGGAGUGCGUCGCCAACUUCGUCGGACGGGGGCUCAGACUCGCCUAUUACCGCAUCUCCAGAUUCAAUGCAGCUCCCACAGUCUCAGUCUUCUGCUCCGCCUGCGCAACCGCCGCAAAUUCCCGCCAAAGCCCUCCCUCAGCGGCCCCCGUUACCUCAGAUUCCGGUCCCUCCGGAAUCGCGCGACAUCCCGUCGUCCCACAAUCCAUUUUCCGCGACGAGCCAGCAGGCAAAUUCGCCCGAGAGGCUGAAGAGGACUCAGAAGCUCGAGAACAGUCCCACAACGCUCCCCUCGGCCAACUCGGCGUUCCAGCCUCGAUUUGACUCGCUAAGGCAGGGAACCAAGAUCUCAGAAAAGGAUUAUGCGUCCCCCGUUCAACACCAGAACACCAUGAGUUUUCAAGAUGUCGUGGCGGCUGCCUCCGACGACGCUAUGAGCGCGUUUGUCACCCGCACGCGGCACCUGUUCGAGCUUUUCCGCCUGCACGCCGAGAGCGUCCGACCGCUGGUCUCUUGCUCGCCACAUGAUCUGGCUAGGGCAGCUGUGUGGUGGUUUCUGACGGGCCGAACGGCGCUGGAAGUCGCCAUCAGGGAACGGCCGUCUACACCCGAAUCGCAGAGGAAGAACGAGAUGGCAAAGCAGCAGGCUUACGCUGAUUUGGCCAAGGGUUACUGGCUCCUAGAAGAAGCCAUGCCUGAGGUGGUGAGCAGCGGGCGGAGCCCGCCUGACUUGCAGGCUGAGAAUGUUCGAGGAACGCUCAACUCCAGCUUGAAGAAGCUUGCCGUGUCCAUGAAGAGAAACGGUUUUCUGCCACCCGCAGAGGCCUUCCUCCCUCAAAUGGUCGACAGGACCAUCUGGCUCGACUAUCCCCCGCUAUCUCAAGACAUCAAGCUUCUGCUGUGGGGUUCCAGUUCUGCGUUUUCCCAAGGCCAGGAAAACGCUGGAAUGACCAUAUUAGAAUCCAUGCCACUAGGCGAUUCGGCAACCACGUUCUGCUUUGCCCGUUUUCAAGUCGAUGCGUUCCUGACGGAGCUGGGGAGGGAGUCACAGCGGCUGUAUCUCCCUUGCUUCUUGUCGACGGUCAGGCCCCAGACCCAGCCCGACAUAGCUUUCGUUCUCGCCAGCCAGAACGGUGCAGUGCAGCUUCGGGUCUCAGGCGACAAAAACGUUGGUCCGGUGAUGGAGGACGUGCGCUGGCGUGCAGAGAACUGCAGUCUCGAGCUGAGGCUGCCUCGGGGCUUCAUUCUUAUCGUCCAGUGCACGCAGCAGGCCUUCACAACGCUGCGCAGCAUGUACGAAUCCAGCGCAAAAGUCCAUUCGACCCUUUACCCGAGGCAGGAUGAGACCUGCAUCUUCAGGUCGACUCUCCGGGCGUUCCAAUAUUUUGACAACGACCCGCAAGCAAGGCAGUUUCCCAAGGAGUCGAUUCCGAACUGUGAGGUUGCCCUGUUCGAGCGUUUGUUUAGGGAGGGGGCGGCGACAGGCCCGCGGACCUAUCACCGGGGCUAUCGCAUCGCGGUCGUCACGGGCCCGCGGACCAAGACAUUGAGUGGUGUCAACCAGAUCUACUCUCCCCAAACGCCCAUCCACUUCGGGUUCUUGCGGAGCGAGGCGAACCAUCCUGCCCUGUCGCUCAAGUUUGACAACGGCCGGUUCAAAGGGAACAUGGUCUUGUCAUUUGCUGAUGAAAAGGAGAGACUGCGGAUGCAUAGUCUGCUGAUCGGAACCGCCCUGGACCGCGGCGAAAGCGUUUCUGGUGAGGUGCCCCUCCAGGCUGUCUGGUUCUCUGAGAGGUACGGCGACUCUCGCGACAAGGGCCUGCAGCUUCUCUCGACACUGUCAUGGAAUAAGGUCAGGGUCAUCAACUCCGACAACGACGGCGACAAGCCCUCGUGCGUCCUCGCCGACAGACUGCGCGUCGUGUAUGAGUGCAAGGACGGCACCUUAACCGACCGCAUCAACGUCGCCCCGGGAGAGCUCAAGCUCCGACUGGACGUCCAGAACCCAAGCUGCCUGAUGGUCUUCCGGCAACCCCAAUCCGACAUCACCGUGGCCGUCACCAAAGCCAAAGCGUCGCGAGACUUAUCCGCCGGCGGCCUGAGCCAAGCAUUGGACACCCUCAAGCAGUCGGCCACCAUUCGCACCUUCAUGUUUCCCAAGCUCGAGGAUCUCCACGUGUUCCAGACGGCGAUCACGGGCUUCAAGGUGCUCUUCGACGGCAUUGCUUCCGCCUUCGCCAUUUCGCGCCGCCGUAUGGUGGUGCCGAUCCACAAGAAGUGGGAAGCCGGUGCGACGAGGAUACAAGUGGUGCAGCAGGACGGCGUGGCCCAGCUGCUUGCGUUCUUCGAGGAUUUCAGCCACGGCGAGUGCAUGGGGUUCCAUCUCAAGGGCACCGACGUGUUCGAGGUGUUUAGCAGAGGCGGAAAGGCAGGGCUCAAGAUCGACGAUGCCAAGUUUCCACUACCGAAGGUGCUUGCCCCCGAGGUAGAUGAGGCGCAGAAGGCGGCGGAUGCGGCGUUUCUGUGUCUGGACUUGCCGGAGCUGCCUGGGGAGCAUGAUGACAUAUCAAUCCUCUUUGACAGUGAAGCGGAACGCGACAGGCUGGUCGCUUGUCUCCCGGCACCCGUCAAGGGCUCACGGCUACCCAAGAUCAAGGGGAUGACAUGAUAAGGAAUGGAGCAAAGUCAGCAGUGAGCGGAGCGAGUGCAGCUGAGGGGAUGCGUAUCCUGCGAUUAGAUAUGAAGCACGAGAUACCCUCUGGAAUCUACCUUGGGUUGUCAAAAGAUCAAGGCCUUUUUUUCUUCUCUCUCUUUUUGUCUUUUUUUUGUUUUUGUUUUGUUCGAUAUAGUAGGCAUAGCCUCGCGGGGAUCAUGCAUAGCUGGAUGUGGGAACUUCUUCAUCGGGACGUUAGGUGCCUAUUUACAGGUCAAGAUUCUGCAACUCAGAUCGAUAUUGUUUCCGCGAUGCGUGCCCUCCAUGCCACCGACGGCAUGAUACAGAAGAUAAAUGACAAAGACCAUAUUUGGUGUGUCCAUACGCCGACGCCCCAACUCCGUUUGCAAGCCUGCGCCUGGGUUUCUGUCCGCUGCACAUAUCAACGACGUAUGAUGGACGCCACCGCCCCGGUGGCCAUUGUUUUGGCUCUCAAAAUCGCCAAACGAAAGGCAAUACUGCGUUCCCGCACCCGAAGCGCGCCAGCUCAGCCACCCCGCUCUCACUAUUUUCAGCCUUCAGCCUUCUUCCAAUUAUUUUAGUACCUCCUCCUCACCGGCUCCGGGCUAGGCGAUCUCGUCGGGCUGCGAGACCGUGGCUUCAUCUUAAGCCACUUCUUGGUCGCCAACUGCAGCUCCCUCUCGAGCUCCGGACUCGGGUCCUUGCGGUGGAUGAAGUUGCAGAAGCCGCCGCGCACGCAGCCCUCGCCGCUGUUGAGCCGGCAGCAGGCCUCUCGGAAGUCCGUCACGGGACUCAGCUCGCAGUAGAUGGGGCGGGCGGCGUACCAGCGCGAGUUGAGGGCGUCGCACGCCUUCUGCGCGCUGUCCUCGUACUUGAAGCGCGCGUACACGUUGCCGAUCAGGUGGUCGUUGUUGUUGUCGCACACGACCAGCUCCUCGAGCUCGCCGUACUUGCACAUCUCGCACCAGAUGUCCUCGUAGAAGGCGUCGAAGUGGUUCUGCAGCUGCGACGCGUUCAUGCGGUUCUUGGGGUCGAAGGCCGGGUUCUGGUACAGGUUCGGCAUCAGGAUCGUCUGGCUGUACGAUGGCUUGACGUGCUUGCGGCUGCACCGGUCGCCGUGGCGGCAGGCGCCGAUCUUGUAGUAGAAGGAGCAGUUGACUUUGUCCUGCUCGGUGCCGAAGAUCGAGGCAAGGAAGUUGGCCAUGUUUGAUUUUGAUUUUCGGAUCCUGUGCUUGCUGCGAUCAAGCGAGACUUUGGUCGGCGGGCUGUUGAACCGUGGUUGCUGCAGAUGAUC